AUGGCUCCUUCUAGCAAGGCUGAGAAGAAGGCAGCCGUAGAUGCUGCUGCAUGGAUGUUCAACGUUGUCACUUCUGUUGGAAUUAUCAUUGUAAACAAAGCUUUGAUGGGCGGUUAUGGCUUCAGUUUUGCUACAACGUUAACUGGUCUUCAUUUUGUUACAACAACUUUGAUGACACUCGUACUACGGAUGCUAGGAUAUGUCCAGCCUUCUCAUCUUCCCUUUUCCGAACUUCUAAAAUUUGUUUUCUUUGCUAACUUCUCUAUUGUUGGAAUGAAUGUCAGUCUUAUGUGGAACUCAGUUGGAUUCUAUCAAAUUGCCAAAUUGAGUAUGAUCCCUGUGUCCUGCUUGUUGGAAGUUUGUUUGGACAAGAUUCGCUAUUCAAGAGACACGAAACUGAGCAUAGGUGUUGUUCUUUUGGGUGUUGGUGUUUGCACUGUUACUGAUGUGAGUGUAAACACGAAAGGUUUUGUUGCCGCCUUUAUAGCCGUGUGGAGCACUUCUCUUCAGCAGUAUUAUGUUCAUUAUCUUCAACGGAAGUAUUCACUAAGUUCUUUCAACCUUUUGGGACAUACAGCACCUGCACAGGCUGGAUCGCUACUGUUAUUAGGCCCCGUUCUAGAUUAUUGGUUAACCAACAAGAGAGUUGACCGAUAUGCUUAUGAUACACCAUCCGUGAUGUUCAUAACCCUGUCAUGCACCAUUGCAGUUGGGACCAACCUAAGCCAAUUCAUCUGCAUUGGGAGAUUUACUGCUGUGUCUUUCCAAGUACUUGGUCAUAUGAAGACAAUACUUGUUUUAAUAAUGGGAUUCUUUUUCUUUGGUAGGGAAGGUCUCAAUCUUCAUGUAGUUGUAGGUAUGAUAAUAGCUGUUGUUGGAAUGAUGUGGUAUGGCAAUGCAUCAUCGAAGCCUGGCGGAAAGGAGCGAUGGAGUCAUUCUCUCCCCACCAACAAAACAGAAAGCAAGUAG